AUGGCCGAGAUGCAAGAGUUGUUGCUGCAGCUGCAGAAAGAUAACCGUGAUGGGCGACUGCGAAACCAGGAGCUAGAGGAGCUGGUGCGGGGUCUGGAGGCUGAGAACGAGAGCCUCACCGGGCGCCUGCAGGACCUGCGAAAGCGCGAGCGCAGCCUGCAAAGGAAGCACAGCCAUGGGGCGCAGGCCCUGCGCGGAGAGGCGCGUGAGGACGCGAGAGAGCGCGCGGAGAGGGCGCGUGGGCUGCUGGAAGCCGGAGAGCAGCACAAGCGCGAACUGGAGCUCUACAACCAGCAAUUGCAGGAGCAGUGGGAGGAGCUGUCAAGUCAGCUCUUCUAUUAUGGAGGGGAACAGCUGAAUCAGCAGCGUGCAGAGCAGCAAAUCGGAACCCAGUUGGUGGAGCUGCAGAAGCAGCUGGAGGCCAUGGAAACCAAGUACGCUGUGCAGGCAGAGGAGCUGCAGCAGGGCGCACGGUGGAUGGAGGAGGCCUGGGCCAGUUUCCAGGAGCUGAGUGGAGUCCUGCAGGAGCUCCAGGAGAAGGUGAUGGAGGCAGCGGCUGUUUUGGACGCCUCUGGGAGCUGUCUGGAACCGUGGACGUCUCAGCCCCGCCUUGAGCAGGACAGCGCCAACUCGCUAAUGGAGGAGGUGGCAAAGGCAGACUGUGUGAGUGAGGGCCAGGAUGCAGCAAGGCUGGGGGUGCUGGGCGCGCUGCACACACUGCUGCUGCUCCCGCUGGGCUUCCUGGCGCUCCCACUGCUCUACCUGGUGCUGGUCAACUCGAGUGGGCUCCGCCUUGCGCUCCCGCGCCUCUGCUCGACCGCUGCACUCCGCCGACUACGCUACACGCUGUCCCCGUUGCUCCACCUGUGCCCACGUGGCCUACUACCCACUUAG